AUGGAGUCAGCAAGCAACGCAUGUUUUGAGAACACCACAAAUGAAGUGUUCCGAAAGGAGUACAUUACCGAAGAGCUGAGGGGAACGGUGCACCAACAGAACGAUAUUCCGGAAGCUCAGCAAGAGAUGAAAGGCCCCUCAGGGGGAGAAAGCAUGGGAAAUGUAACAGAGAAACCCAAAGCAGGGAAGAACAACAUCAAGGAAAAGCAGAAUAAUGAUUUAGACAGGUCAAGCCUUAAACGGAAGUCAGAAAAUGAGGGAAAGCCAGCUGUAAGGAAAGAAGCACGCCUGACCGAGCUGGAGAAUCAGCCCAUUACAAUGGUUUUGUCCCAUAUCUCCCUGAAGAACCUCAUGGAAGUGGAAAUGAAGCUGGUCUACACAGAUGAGGAGGACGUCACCUAUGAGUUUUUUGAGUCCCAGGUGCCCACUAGUGACCAACCAAAAUGUCCAGAAGUCCUAAGCAUGGAUUUCCAGAGGUCUCCCAACACGAGCAUCCUGCCCCAGAUGGAUAAAUGGCUCCAGGUGUCCUUAAAGGAUGCCAGCACUUGCUAUAGGCAGAAGAAGUAUGCAGUGGCAGCAGGGCAGUUCAGAACAGCCCUUGAGCUCUGCAGCAAAGGUGCCGCUCUAGGGAAGCCCUUUGAAGCCUCUGCAAAAGAUAUUUCAAGUAUUGCCAGUUUCAUCGAGACAAAACUUGUGAUCUGCUACUUGAAAAUGAGAAAGCCUGACCUUGCUCUGAAUCAUUCUCACAGGAGUAUUAUUCUGAACCCUGCCUACUUCCGUAACCACCUUCGCCAAGCCACUGUGUUCCGAUGCUUAGAAAGAUAUUCUGAAGCAGCAAGGAGCACCAUGGUCGCUGACUACAUGUACUGGCUGUCUGGAAGAAAGGAGCCACAUACCAGCAAGCUCAUCAAACUGUAUUGGCAGGCUAUGAUUGAAGAAGCCAUCACAAGAGCCGAAUGUUUUUCAGUCAUGUACACACCAUUUGCAACUAAAGUAAAGGCUGUAAAAAUAGACAAGUUGAAGGAAGCUUUUACAAAAAAGCACCCUGACUAUGUGGAAUACAUAUAUACAGACCCCCAUGGACUCCACAGUUUGCCACAGACAGCUGACUGGUCUUGCCCAUUGCCCCAGGCUUACCUGCUGACGCUGGGCUUCAGAAACAAAGAAGUGGGCAAGUUCCUAGAAAAGAUGUCUUGCAGGAAGCUGCCGACAUUUUCAGAACAUAAAGCUCCUUUUAGUCCUCUCACCAGAGAAGAGGCAGGAAGACACCUGGAGACCAUAGGGAAACGAAUCUUGCCAAUAAUGGAUUUUAUCAGAGGCACCAAACUAACUGAGACUUUCUGUGCGUGUUCAGGCGUGAUAGAGAAGCUGCAGCACGCCAGCCUGCUUGGCCGUUUGCAACGCAUCAAGGAGCAGUCCCAAGUGAUCAAUCAAGCCAUGGCUGAGCUUGCUACCAUUCCCUACCUUCAAGAUAUCAGCCAGCAGGAUGCUGAACUGCUGCAGUCACUAAUGGCAGAUGCCAUGGACACCCUCGAAGGAAGGAAAAGUGAUAAAGAACGUGUCUGGAAUAAAAUUCAAAAGGUUGGCAUAAUAGAAGACUUCUUAUACCAAUUAGAAGAUAGUUUCUUGAAGACCAAAAAACUCAGAACAGCGAGGAGGCAGAAAAUGAAAAUGAAGCGGCUUCAAAGCGAACAGCCGUGCUAG